GUGACGAUUGCAUUCCCGGCUCAGUAAUAUUCUCUUAGCGGGGCUUCGCCUAGCUUUUGCAGUGUCUGUGUGUGUUUGUUAGUUACUGGCUAUAGUUGGGUUAGCUAUGGAGGGAGACGGGAGCCAAGCCACAUCUGGAAGCCCAAAUGAUUCGCAACACGACCCGGGUAAAAUGUUUAUCGGUGGCCUCAGCUGGCAAACCUCACCAGACAGCCUUAGAGAUUAUUUUAGUAAAUUCGGGGAAAUCAGAGAAUGUAUGGUGAUGAGAGAUCCCACUACGAAGCGUUCCAGAGGAUUUGGGUUCGUUACGUUUGCAGAUGCUGCCAGUGUAGAUAAAGUCUUAGCUCAACCACACCACGAAUUAGACUCCAAGACGAUUGAUCCUAAAGUUGCCUUCCCCCGACGCGCUCAACCCAAGAUGGUCACGAGAACAAAGAAAAUAUUUGUAGGCGGAUUAUCAGCUAACACAGUAGUGGAAGAUGUGAAGCAGUAUUUUGAACAAUUUGGAAAGGUAGAAGAUGCCAUGCUUAUGUUUGAUAAAACGACUAACAGGCAUAGAGGAUUCGGCUUUGUAACUUUCGAGAACGAGGACGUUGUAGAGAAAGUCUGUGAAAUUCAUUUUCAUGAAAUCAAUAAUAAAAUGGUAGAAUGUAAGAAAGCCCAGCCCAAGGAGGUGAUGUUCCCGCCCGGGACCCGGGGCAGGGCCAGGGGCCUCCCCUACACGAUGGACGCCUUCAUGCUGGGGAUGGGCAUGUUGAGUUACCCAAACAUCGUGGCGACGUACGGCCGUGGAUACACUGGAUUCGCCCCAAGCUACAGCUACCAAUUCCCCGGGUUCCCUGCGACGGCGUACGGACCGGUGGCGGCGGCGGCGGUGGCGGCGGCGCGCGGCUCAGGGUUCCCCGAUUAUGGUUUCUAUUCCACGCCCAGUGACCACCGGGGGGCGCCCUGCUCCUUUGCGGACUAUGGCUCCCUGGGGCCCCAGGCUGCUCAGAUGUUGCACGGUGAGCAUGCCACCUCUGCCUGCAACUCCCCCCUUCAGCACCUCCACAGCCCGGAUCAGUUUAAGAGCCCAGGCACCAACCCGCCCCGGCCCGGAGGCUUCCCCGGCGCCAACAGCCCAGGGCCCGUGGCGGACCUGUACGGUCCGGCCAGCCAGGACUCCGCCGUGGGCAACUACAUAAGCGCUGCUAGCCCCCAGCCUGGGUCUGGCUUCGGCCACAGCAUUGCCGGUCCGUUGAUUGCGACAGCUUUUACAAACGGAUACCAUUGAAACCUAACAGGUGGUUGGUUGCCAUCUCAUUUGAGAGUAUAUCUGGAGGUCCAGGGAAGACAGGCCGAAGUUUCUAAUUGGUUCUGUGUACAGGUGAUGUCAUCAAACUACAAGCACUACAGCAUCACCCGGAGGAAAGGGACUGGAGGUGGCACCACAUGAAGAACAAACGAAAAAAAAUGUCAAAAUCAUCUCAGAAAAGAAUCUGCUGUACUAUAAUCGAAACCUUCUGUA